GUGUUUGACAUAGAAGCAAACACCGUCGUUGUUGUGGGUCCAGCAUUUAGUGGGGUAAACUGGACAAAGAACUUUUUGAAGUCAUGAGGUUAGUGACUCAAAAUUGAUUCAGUAUUGCAAUCUAGGUACCACUACCACAAUCCCAACUGCUUCUUGCCUCUUUUUUGUAAAGCCUGACGUGCAACGAUAAACUUUUGGCAACAUAUACUUAGCACAUGCACACUGACAAUUAUGUAUGGAAAAGAAGGAUGAAGUUGGGAGUAGAAUAACGCUGUUAACCCAGUGCCAAUUGAAUUGACACUCAUACUAGUACUAUACUCUUGUAUUUCCUUAGAAACAUGCUGUGCAGUAGGGAACAACUAAAAGAAAGGCUGUGGAAACCUGGCAUGAUUGAAGACUAAUGAAGAGUGACUAAGUGUGCUGUGGUGUGUUCGUAUUAAAGGUUUGUGACUUUUUUUAAGGGGAAGCACAUGGGAAAAACGAGAUUAUCCUGUAUAAGUAUUAAUCACAUUAUUGUAUCUGUAGAUUGCGGAGUGCUUUGCCACAAGCAAUGAUUCAACAUUCCAUGUCACUUUUGACAAGGUAAGCACCGACAAUUAUUUUUAUUCCAGGAAUCACUUGCAAAUAUCAAAACAAAACUUAUUAGGUACUAACUAACCUUUAGGGGAAUGAAUUUCGGAGUGAGGUCAUUUGAAAAUAGAUAUAAAUUAGGUUACAAUUUACUACCCGGUUUGGUGAAAACAAGUGUUUACUUGUAUAGCGGCCCUGUGAGACCUUGCGCAAAGCUGAGCCUUGCUUCCUGAUACUGUAGUCCUACUAGAUAAACCUCUUCCAAACAACACUGUUCUCAACAGGCCAUUCCUGUCUGUCUCUUUAGAAUGUCUUUACCAUUUCUUGUUGUCCCUGUGCUUGGGCCUUGACUGAUAAAGCCAACAGAGGAAAAGUGUCUGGGAAGUGUGGACAUGUUUAUGUUGCUAUUAUAGGGUCAUUAUUGACAGUUAGUUACUUUUUUCUGCAAAUCCUGAGUUGCUACUUUAAGGUUAAGGUGAACCAACAGGGGUGCAGAGAUACCUAUAAUAAUAAUUAGUCAAAGAGUUUAAAAUUAGUACCUACGACAGUGGUAUGAACAGUUCUUCAUACCAAAAACUAAUAAGAAAUCACCAUGCCAACCUCUUGUCAGAUCUAUGCUGUCAUGAUUAUGUUUUGUUCAAGGAUCUCUGGGGAAAGUAUUAAAUAUCUCAUCCGUUAAAAGGCAGAAAAACCAGACAGUUGACUAAAAUGGACAAGGAGAGUUUGUCCCUGCUUUUUUUCAGUCGGUUUUAUUGAUCAAUUCUGUCAGUUAGGUAAAAAUUAUUUGCCGGACACCUCUCUAAGAUGGACGUUUAGACCCUUGUGCUGUUCCCGGGGGUGAUCAGCAUCAAAUUUCUCCUUGUAGUAUCAAUGCUUUGUAAAAACAGAGUGGUCAUGAGAAUUAUGGACAUGAUCACACAAGAUGAAUUUGCUUGAUAUUUUAUCAACUUCUCCCCACUACUUCUGUAGGAAAUGAAUAGAGGCAACAAAUGAGAAUUCAAAUUUUUAUCUUAGGGUUUAAAGUUAAUUGUAUCAUAUCUGAACCUAGUUUUUGUCUCCAUUUAGAUGAAUAUCCUGGAAUGGUAUGGAAAAAUAAUAUUGGAGUAUGGCAAACACCUGCAAGAAUGUACAGGUAAUUUAGCU